GCCGGCCGGUAUUUGUCAAGUCUAAUGCGUGGGGCCCACAUGCAUGUACGCAUUGACUCACUCGGCAUGUGUAUGGUACAUCAACAGAAAUCUUGAUUGCAAUCAUUGGAAAAAACGCGAAAAAGAACAUGGAAGACUCACACACUGCACAAAUGGAACAGGGUCACAGCGAAUGUCUCACCGACACACAGAGGACAGACACACACCCCUAUAGUCUUAUGGUUGCCCGUCGCCCGUCUGUCUGCUUUUCCGUACUACCCACCUAUCGCCCGUCACUCAGAACGACCUUUUCUUGAUAACCAUAGGCAGCUCCAGCGCCACAUUUGACGCUCGAUGUCCACCAGGCUGUCCUACAAAUCGGCUUUCGUUGAGGAAGAUUCCUGCCAUUCCAGCGGUCACUGACGAAGGUGUCGCAGCCGAAACUGACCAUUCACGCUGCCGGCUGCUUGACGCGGGUGUCACCAGGGAGCCUCUCUGCGCGCCUGACGGACCACCAGAUGGUGCUGGUGACAUGAUGCCGCCAGCAAAUGCCACCGGCGAGACGGACAGCGGCCCCUCGGUGCGGUAUGCGGCUGGCGAUGGCACAUGCAUCUGCCCCGCCCGGCCCCACGCUCGUCUGGAGGAUGGCAUCGGAUAGCCGCCAUGCUCGUACUGCCGUAUGAGGAUCUGGAUGGGGUCGUUUUGCAGCUCGGCCUUCUCUGUCUUGGUGUUCUUCCUGCGCCACUCGCGGAGCGUGCCUAACCGCCUGGUCGACCCCGGCGACUGUGGGUUGACUCGCGAGGGCCCCUUGCCGGCAACGAAGCUCGGUCUCGACACAGGGGGGAGCUCUUCGGCGAUGUCUGGCGACGACGCGCGCUUCGACGGGGAAGCGUCCUCGCCACCCUUGACCGCGGCGGUACGGCGUCUCAUGAGGUCAACAAAGCUGAAGCGGCCCUUCCGUCGCGCAAAGGUGGCGAGAGAAAAGAAGGCACUUCGGGGCGACUGCGCCGGAGCUUUCUCUUGCACCGUCGACUCCUCUCCCUCCGUGUCAGUGGCGCUUUUCUGCUUAUCGAACCGAACGCUGCGGAUGCUGGUGCGGGACUCGUGCGUCGGCAAUCUCUCCGUUGGCUCCCCAGCGUCGUCUGGCUCUGCCUCCCCUGUAUGGCUGACCGGGGCGGGUGGUUCUGAGAUGGAUCGCCGAGGUCCCUUUGACGGUGACUGGCCGGGACUCACCGAGAAGGACGUCCGAGAUGACUGCUGGCGCGCGAGAAGAAGGAGGUCGGAAAGUUCGGCCAUCUGGCUUGCCCGCCGGGUGUCUCUCGCUUGCCUGACUUCUUCUGCUUGUGGGGAAAAGGCGUUGUCGUCCGCCUCUGUCUCAUCCUCCUCCUCCUCUGUCAGCUCAGACGGGAACUUCCCCGUCACCUGCCGCUGGAUCUUCCUCCUAGGUGGCGACUUGGAGGGCGAGGACAUCACUGGACUCGAUCCCUCCUUUUUGUCGGUUGGCGUCUGGCCCGGUGUGGUUUCCUUGAUGGCUGGCAUCGUCGACCGGAGCACAAAGCCGCCGCUGGAAUCGCUCCGCCGCCACAGCCCGCCCCGCUUUGGCGACUGGAUGGACACGUGGUCGUAGAGCCGAUGCCGUGACGACCUCCCAGCUGAGGGAAGGAGGAUGGAAUGCAUGGACGCGGCUGACAUGACGCUUUGCCGGCUGGGAAGGGGCAGCGUGCGGCUGCCAGGCUGUUCUCUCACAUAUGGGGGGAAAGAAGUGUCAUUGUCAUCGUCGAGUGUCUCCAGGCUCUCAGUCGACCCACGCCGCAUGUCGCCGGUGGUCUUGCGUCUGAGCGGCCCAUCCCGUCUCCGUUUUCGUGUGAAAAUGCUCCUGGCGCUGCCGAAGAUGGUCCGGGGUCUUCUCUCCGGUCCUUUCUCCUCUCGCACAGUUGUGGGAGGUGGUGCAGGGGGGGCGGCCGACAUGCGCUCUCUGUCCUCGACGCGCUGUGCAGCCUGUCUCAGCGCCUGCCGCUGUUGCAUGGUUGAGGUGAAUUCCAUGUGUGUCUUGGGCGAUGGCUCCCGCUGGUUGUAGCUCUUCUGCAGCUCGUCAAAGCGGUGCUGGAGAUUCUCUAACUCCUCUUUGAGGGCAUUCAGGCGAUACCUGCAUACGUGCAUAUGAUGUGCACAUUAUGCACCAUUGCAUGCACAUCGUGUGCAGUGAUUGGGUGGCCCCUUACCAGAGUACACCGUUCUUGACGGGGUCGAUCUCGGAGAUGCGCUGGUCACACUGCACCCACCCAUCGCAUACACGAAUGCAUCCAGAAAUCGAGAUCUCGAUCCAUGUUUGCUCGUUUCUAUGUUUGUGCGUACCCGCUCCUGGUAAAGACACACGCGAUGGUACGCCACCUCCCGUAUGAUGGUGAACAUGUCGGGGAAAGCGUCCAUCAGCUCGAAAAAGUGAUCACGCCGCAGCGCCAUCACAGAGCAAUCCUCAAUCGCCUGGGCAGAAUAAGGAUGCUUCAUCUGCUCGUCACACACGGCACAGCACACGGAGCGACGGGCCCAAGUAAGUUAGGGAGGCGCCAUUAUAAUGUAUUGCUUGUGUCCACGUUGGCGUAUGCAUACUUGGUAGACCAGGGCGGUCUCUCCGAAGAAUGAGCCCGGGUACAUGUAGCUGCCGAUGAGGGACUCAAUGCCUCUCAGUGUGGGCAGAUCCGCCUCGCCAGGGUGGCCGCGGACCGUCUCCCGACGGAUCUGUGACACACACAGAGUGAGCAUACACAUCCAUGCAUGACCAACAUCAGUCUUUGUGCGUGCGUCUCGGUCGGUGCCCACCGCGUUGGUGAGUAAAUCCGAAAAUGGUUCCACGCUGAUCUUGACACAUCCCGAGACGACAAAGUACAGAUGGGUGGGCACUUCGUUCACCAGAAAAAAGGAAUCACCCGUCACAAACGUCUGCAAGUAAGUAACACGUACGUCACAGUGACCGAGACACGCACACACAGGCUGGGCUGGCUCACUGUUGCUUUGAGGUGCUUGACGAGAAACACGAGGAAGCCCCGGUCGACGGCAUCGGCGCUCAGAAUGGGAUUCGACUGACACACGCACACACACAAGCAAGAAAGAGAAAGCAGUAUGUGUGCCAGCCAAGAAAGGGAUAUGGAUGCUGUGCAAGCUUACCGCGAUCAGGCUCUGUGCUGAAUGCAGACACACCUUGAUGUGCGUCGCGUGAGACAAAUCGCCCUGAAAAUGGAUGGAUGAUACCGAUGAGACGGUGAGUCAAAAAUUGAGCCGCCGUGUACGGUCCUCCCGAUUGAUUACCUACCUGCAUUGCUUCCUCGUCGAACAUUUUCUUCUUAGGCCACCUCACUUCGUGAUACAGCCUCAUUCUACACACGAGACACAGACUCAGAGGUACGUGUACGCGCCAGAGAGCAUCUUGCCAGGCGCACCUGUGCUGCAGCGACAGUGGGAGUUUCAUUUUUGCCAUGUAGUGGUUGAGCUCGUCCAGAUGCCGCUCGUACGCCUGGCCGGCCGCAUCCAGAUGGCUCAUCAUCCCCGCCACCAAACCAAUAAUGCCUGAGGAAGGAAAAGAGAACGAGAGGAAAGAACAAAGAGACUGUGGUGUUCAUUUAGUUGUCGUGUGUGUGUGUGUGUGGUGUGUGGUGUGUGGUGUGUGGUGUGUGUGGUGUCACCUGAGAAGAGCGCGGCGCCGAUGGUCAUUGAGACGGUCGUCAGCCACAGCUCAACUAUCAAGCGGGGCUCAUCGCGACCAUAACUACACAAUACACACACACACACACACACAGAGAGAGAGAGAGAGAGGCCAAUGAAUGCUUCCAGCUGCUCAUCGGAGCGUUGACAAUGAGAAGCUAUGACAGCCCUCUGUCUGAGGCUGACUGACUCACCCGAUGGAUAGCGUGUGUGAGGCUGAGUAGAAGAGCGCCCAGGUGUACUGGUCCAUGCGUGUCGCUUCUGUCAGGUCCAGCAGCGCCACCCAGCUGUUUGGAUGGAAGUCGUCGAACCGAGCGGUCAGGAACGAGAAACACGCCAUGAUGUGCGCAAACAGCACAAGGAAGCUGAAGAUGCCCGUCAUCCGCGCGAACGUCGUCUUCAGCCGGAUCUCCACCAGCUCCGUGUGCAUAUACCGCACCAGGCGACAAAUACGCAGCAGCCUCACGUACCGCAGCGUACGUAUUUGCGAGAUGUGGUCCUCACACGCGUAGCCCAGAAAAUCCAGCGGGAGCGUGCCGAUCAAGUCACAGAAAAAUCGCGUCUUGAGGUAGUGCCACGCCGCAGCUCUCUUCUCGAGCACCAGAUGGCCCUCUUUGACAUAUCCGGUGAGGAAAUUGACGCAUAGGUCUGCGACCAUCAGGACAUCCGAGAGGAGACACAGCGCGAGCAUCAGCAAGUUCUCCCACGCCAUGUCGUCAGGCUCGAUGCCCCAGUCAUCAUAGAAGGCCACACGAAUGGGGAUAAUGAUGAUGUCCAGCACGAUGAAGAAGCUGACAAUGAUGUUCCAUAUCCGGCGGAAGCGGCCUGUGGGGUGGAAGGCCUUGCCAGUCUUGGCCUUGGUCAGCACCUUGUCCUUCGCCGUCGUGCCGAAUACCCUGUGGGCUAUGUCCCUCAUACCGGGGUAAGACCCCGACAAGGCGGAUCUCAUGCGAGCGAGCCGCCCCGACGUCAGCCGCUUGAAGCUGCUCCUCCAGCUCCGAACGCUGCCAACCGAUACCCGCUCGGCACCCAUCCGACCAUGAAUGUCUCCCGCGCUGAAGCUGGUGACCGACUGUCGGUGAGCAUGGCUGACCUUCUGCACUGCGUCAGCCAUUCGCGAGAGCACGUCCUGAUGGCUGCUCGGCGACGGCGUCUUGCCUGGCGAGCCGAAGGGCGCCACCGGUGAUUGAAGGACAUCCAAUGAGGCCCUUUUCCGGGCUGCCAGCGUGGCAGCUGGGGCUGGAGGCAGGACAAUCUCAUGGCUCUUUGUGGUCUCGCCGCUCUUGGUCCUGGCAGGCUGAGAGUUGGCGUCGGCGCCCAGGGGCCCCAUGGCGGCCUGGCGGGCCGCGAAUGUGCUGUUGGUGGGGGCGGGUGGAGUGCUGGGCUGGAUAACAACGCGGGGAGUCAGUGACAGGUUGGGCGACGAGGGAGUCCUCCGCAUCCAUCCCUGCGCCUCCUCGUCACCAGUGUCCCACAACGACGGAUCCUCCAAUGCCAGAGCGGCAGCCAUCGUGCCUUUUGACUUUUAUUGAUGUCUUGACCAGGUCGUGAAUCGAAAUCAGCUGGAAUCACGCUGAUGCAAAUGUAUGGUCGGCAGUAACUGUUCAGGCAGCUGAGCGGCGGAUAGAAGGGCCAAGAGGGGAUAGAGGGAUGUCGGUGACCACCAUAUCGUUGCGACCAACAUAGUUGGCUCCCUGUCUGAUGGGGCCGGCUAUGUUGGCGGUUUGUUUGAAAGAGUAGAGAGAAAAUCCACUAGCCAUAUGGCUGUCGCUCUCGCGCGGUGUGG